GUUUAAGGUUAUGUUCAAACAUAACCUCAAAUUUAUUUGUCAACCUAACUUUUAAGAUUAAAUAAAUGUCUCAAAAUCUUCGAAAAGAAGUACUUUUAGCGUUUAAACGAUUGCAUAAGGCGCGUAAAAAAGUAUUUGCAAACGACGAUAAUGCUUUAGAAAAGGGAAGGAUUAAAAUAAACGAGGAAUUUAAGAAAAAUAAGCACGUAAAAGACCCCGUAGCAAUAGCAGAGUUGACAAAAUUAGCUAAUGAAGUACAAAAGGAGCUUUUAACAACCGUUAUACAAGCUGUAGAAGUAUCACCUGGAAAAUAUGAGAUGAGGAUUUUGCCAGAAACUUUAAAAUUGGAUAACGUUCCAUUUAAAGAUUGCCCAAAUUAAAAAGCUUAAAGAAAUUAGUCAUGUUUAGUUUAAGUAGAUGUUUUAUUUAUAAUAAUAAUAAUAAUGUUUACUCCAAAGAAGA